UGCCCGGCGGCUUGUUCCUGCAGCAACCAGGCGAGUCGGGUGAUUUGCACCCGGCGGGAGCUGCUGGAGGUACCGGCCAGCAUCUCGGUCAACACCCGUUACCUGAACCUCCAGGAGAACCACAUCCAGGUGAUCCGCACCGACACCUUCAAACACCUCCGGCACUUGGAGAUCCUCCAGCUGAGCCGGAACCUGGUGCGGAAGGUGGAGGUGGGCGCCUUCAACGGCCUCCCCAACCUCAACACCUUGGAGCUCUUCGACAACCGCUUGACCACCGUCCCCACCCAAGCCUUCGAGUACCUCUCCAAGCUGCGCGAGCUCUGGUUGCGCAACAACCCCAUCGAGAGCAUCCCCUCCUACGCCUUCAACCGCGUCCCCUCCCUGCGGCGCCUGGACCUGGGCGAGCUCAAGCGCCUGGAGUACAUCUCGGAGGCCGCCUUCGAGGGUUUGGUCAACCUCCGGUACUUGAACUUGGGUAUGUGCAACCUGAAGGAGAUCCCCAACUUGACGGCGUUGGUGCGGUUGGAGGAACUGGAGCUUUCGGGCAAUCGGUUGGGUCGCGUCCGUCCCGGUUCCUUCCAGGGCUUGGGCAGCUUGAGGAAGCUGUGGUUGAUGCACGCCCGGGUGGCGGCGGUGGAACGUAACGCCUUCGAUGACCUCAAAGCUUUGGAAGAGCUUAAUUUGGCCCAUAACGAGCUGGCCUCGCUGCCCCACGACCUCUUCGCCCCCUUGCACCGCCUGGAGCGGGUCCACCUCCACCACAACCCUUGGCGUUGCGAUUGCGACGUCCUUUGGUUGAGUUGGUGGUUGAGGGAGACGGUGCCCAGCAACACCAGCUGCUGCGCCCGCUGCCACGCGCCGCCGGCGUUACGCGGCCGCUACCUGGGCGAGCUGGAACCGGGACACUUCACCUGCUACGCCCCCGUCAUCGUCGAACCCCCCGCCGACCUCAACGUCACCGAAGGGAUGGCGGCCGAACUCAAGUGCCGAACCGGCACCGCCAUGCCUCGGACCUCGGUCAACUGGUUGACGCCCAACGGGACGUUGAUGACCCACGGUUCGUACCGGGUGAGGAUCUCCGUCCUCCACGACGGCACGCUCAACUUCACCAACGUCACCGUGCAGGACACGGGGCAGUACACCUGCAUGGUCACCAAC